CCUCUUCCAUCCCUCCUCCCCUCCGCUAUGAAAGGGAAGCCUCGGAGGAACUCCCCCACUCUCUCGCUCCUCACGCUGACCCAGCGAGGCCUCCCUUUCCCCCAAAAUCCUCUCUGUUUCCCAGCUCUGCCAUGGAGCUCCGGAGCGUGCGUACGUCCUUCCACCACGGCCCCCCCGGGGAGGAGAAGCACCAGAUGCUGAACCUGAACCGACGCCUGGAGACCUACCUGGGCCGAGUCCAACUCCUGGAGGAGGAGAACGCGCUGCUCUCCGGAGAGAUCCGAGGCCUGAGGAGCAGCAGCCGCGGGGCGUCGGGGCGGAGGUGGAGGGAGGGCCUGGAGGAAGAGCUGCGGCGGGCCCGGCUGGAGGUGGACGCCGCCUGGGGGGACAGGGUCCACGCGGAGGUGGAGGCCGGCAGGGUGGCCGAGGAGCUGCGAGCCCUGGAGGAGCAGAGGCGGAGGGAGGCUCGGGCCCAGGCCGAGGCCGAGGGGAAGCUGGAGCAAAGCAGGAAGGAGCUGGAGGAGGAGCAGCGGGCGCAGGUCUGGCUGAGGGAGCAGGUCGGUCAGCUGGAGAACCAGGUGAGGCGCCUGAUCCGAACCCAUCACGAAGACGUGGCCCACUUGGAGGCCGCGGCGAGCCGGUCCAGAGCCGCGGUGGCACCCACGUUGGCUCAAAGGGGCUACCAGACAGCAGACCUCCAACAGCUGGGGCAGGAGUACUCCCAGAGGGCCACCAGGGCCUGGCAGGAGGCAGCUGAGGCCCAUCAGGGGCACUUAGACCGGCUGGAGGAGUCACUCCACCGGGCCAGGACCCACUUGGCCCAAGUGGGUCAGGAGAAGAGCGAGAGCCAGCUGAAGCUCCGGGCCCUGGAGAAGGAGAGGGAGUCGGCUCAGGCCGCCAGGCGGCACCUGGAGACGACUGCAGCCCAGCAGGGAGACCGGCACAGCCAGGAGAUCCUGCACCUCCAGGAGCACUCGGACGGCCUGGAGGAGCAGAAAGAGGAGCUGGGCCGGCAGGUGGACCACCUGGUUCUGGAGAACCAGGGCCUGCUGCAGCACAAGGCGUCUCUGGGCCUGGAGGUGGCCGCGUACAGAGCUUUGCUGGACAUCGAAGGCCUCGGGGGAGGCGUCCCCUUGUCAGAUCAGCCCAGAGGCAUUUCCACCACAGAUGCAGUGUUCAGUCCUCGGGGUGUUCAAAGGAAUUACCGGACCCAGCUGUCCGCCGGCCACAGGACCACUUCCCUCUCAUCUGUCCGCGGCUUCGCAGGAAGACGACCAACAGCGAUGACGGCAUCGCCGACCGGGACCAGAAACCCUGUCGCAAAGAUUUCCUCGAACCCCGACACAACAAAGUCAGCGACACGGGAAAUCCCUUAUCCCAAAAUACUGCAGGAUGGAGCCGUGGAAAGUUUCAGACCCCAGGAGGUUCAGGAGAAAGUCACCCAUGCUGAGCCUCUAUCGCCUCCCAAUGAGCAGGAGGCCGAAACAACAUCAGGGGACAACGGCUGCGAAGAGGACCGGAACCGUGUUGGUGUGGACCCGACACAGGACGGACCAGUCCUCCAGUCGGGGGUCAGUUCUCAGGUUGAGUCCGGCCUCAGCACUGAGCCACCCGUCAGCGAUAAAAUGAGUCAGCAUCAGUUUACAACAGCCCACCUGACGCCAUACUGUGUCAGAAUGACAGAGGAGCCCUGUGGGUUCUCAGAUGAGUCCGAUGUGGAAGUCCCUUUUGAAGAAUCGGUGGGAAGAGAAGAUAAGCAGGAGCUGCAUGCGCCAAUGGAUGCGCGUCCAGAGAAAGAGUUCAUAGGCGAAGAAAUAGAGCAAGUGCAAGAGGAACCGUCAGAUUCUGGAACAGAGGUGGGAUUUGAUCCAAACUUUGAUUCCAGGACAAGUAAACCAGUGUCUGAAGAGAGCUUGAUCCACAAAGUGACAGACUUCAACCCCGAUGAAAACAUCUUGAAGGAGGAGGCAGCCGAGACGAGGCAAGAAAUGAGCUCUUCUGUCGUGGGAACCAAUGAGAUGGAUGUUGAGGAUAAGUUGUACACGGAUGGAGAAGAGAUGGACACAUGGGAUAGUGUAAUCGAGAGGAAAAAGAAGACGGAAGAAGGCAUCAAAAAGGACGAAGAAAAAGGACAACACGCUGAACCAGAGGAAGAUAUAUCCGCCAGAGAUCAAAAGCAUGAAGAGAGAGAAAGUAGGUCUGAUUUAGGUGCUCAUCCAGACAACAACGAGGCUUCUUUCGUGACGGCCACACUCGUAGAUGACGAUGGACGACGUGUCGCUCUAGACCAAGAGCGCCCACUUUCCCCCGACAGCGAAGAAGACGACGACGACCAGGAUUCUCAAAAUGUGUCCGUGUCGUGGAGGACCGAGCUGGAGGGCGACAGCUACGCUCAGGAUAACACGCUCGCCGACACUCGGCCUCUGAUCCGAUACAAGAGCGACGAGGCCGACGCCAACACUCAGGCGUCGCACGUGGACGAGAGCGACUCCAGCGAGGGUGAUCAGGAGAAGAAGUUCGGAGAGACGGGGAUGUGGAGCGAAGGCAAGUCGAAGAGAUUUGGAACGAUGGAAGAUCUGUGCGAAGAAGUUGAAGGCGAAGCGCUGGAUGAGGAGUAUAAUCUGGGGUAUACUCACAUGGAGAACAGGGCUGCUGGUCAUGGUCAGACUGGAAGUGAGCAGGCCGCACUGGGCAACGCACAAGGAAUGAUCGGAGAGCUCAGUGACGGACAAUCGGAUGGAGAAACUGAAGAACUUACCGAACCCACGAAUAUGUGCAACGACGUGGAGCUGGAGACGGACCGACUUGUGGAGCAGGAGUUAGAGAACUUAGCCACGGACAGCUACAGCGCUCACUUUGCACAGCGGCGGGGGAGCGCGAGCGAGGAGACGCUGCAUCUGCAGGGCAAGUCCGUCGAGGAGAAGGCAGAGCCAGAAGAGGCUGGGAUGCAUUCCCGUGCAGAGUCACUUUCAUCUUCCAGUCCAGUUACAGAUCGACCUUACGAGAACCUGCAUGAAUCGUCGGUGGCGGAGCCUCAAGCAGACACUCUGGCGUAUGAGGAGGUGCAUCAUAAAGAUCAGGUGGCGACAGAUGCUCCAGAGGAAAGAGAGGAGGAGGAGCACAAUGCGUCCACGGUGACACACGCCGAUGCCACAGAAGAUCCCUCUCGCUUCGCUGACUUCAUCAGCAGGUCCGAUAUGGAAGAAAUCAACAACUCAGAGGAUCCAAACUCUGUGUUGCAGGUCUCAGCGGACCAGGAAGGCCUCCAGGGGGCGGCUGCCCCCGCGCAGGGGAAAGAGGAAGCAUCGAGUGCAUCUCUAGGACAUCUCGUUGAGGAUGUCGCAGACCGCAAGUUUCCAGAAACUCCAGAAACCGCUGAGUGGGAAGUCCUAGAGAACCCAAGUGAGGACUUUGAAUUCAGAGAUCAGAGUGAAGAUUAUGAAAAAUGGACUAAUGUGCUGGAAUCAGCUGAAAGUUAUCAGAACGACGGCGACGGCGGCUCCAAUGAGGGCGUCAUGACACGGAAGGAGACCCCGGAGGUUUCCCCCGGCAGUGCGCCUGAUGGAAACGACAUCUUUGUGGCCGAAUUGGUGAACACAAACGGCAAAGACAACCUCCACGGUUUCUUUACCUCUGGCUUAACGGAUGACAUCUGGGAGACCGGUGCCGCCUAUCGGCCCGAUGAGGCCCGUAACGAAGCAGCGGGGCAAACCAAUCAGAAUUUAGUUUGGGGGAAUUCAGAGAAUGUGGUAAACUCCAGGGCAGAGACGAUGGACUCAUCCAAAGCCCCGAACGCCAAGAAGGAGCAGGAGCGUCCGGAGGUGAAGCAGGUGGUGCGUCGCAAUGUUGUGGAGGCGGAGUUUGUUCGCUCUGACGAGUCUGACGUUGAGGGGGAAUCCUGGUCCUCCGGGGAGGAACCGGUGUGAAAAGUAGCGCCAAGUUUGACCUUUAACAAUUUUAGACGUAACUUUUAGACGUAGUUUCAGUCGGGGAACACGACGUCGUCCGUAUGACGCGUUCACUACGAAAGCCAAAGUCGCUCAACCACCAACGUGCCAAUUCUGUCUCUCACGAUGCCGAGCACUCGUUUCCUUAAUCCGACAUAUUUCAUCAACAAUUUAUUUCCGUCUGUCCUGCUGGUUCAAACUCUUUAUGUGUGCAUGUAACGCAGGAUUGUAUCUGCAGGAGGGAACAGCAUGAACAAAGAACCAGUCAUUCCAAAGUCAAAGCGUUAUUGAUCGCUAGCCUGAUCCGAUUUUACUGACUGAUGCAAAUCAAUGAGCCCAGAAGGGGAACUCCUUGUAGCGCUGCUGUUCCACAGCUGUUCAUUGGCCGAUAAUCGACCCAUCUGUGCAUGCUUCACACGUGUAGAGUUGGCUUUUUACUUUCAUGUACGGUACAUUUACAGUCCAUAAUA